AUGUCUGCAGAUCAAAUCGGCAUUCCUGCCGUCCUUAUGCGAGGCGGUUCUAGCAAGGCCAUGUUUUUCAAAGAGGAAGACGUGCCUCCACCUGGGCUCCUGAGAGAUCGAGUCCUUAAACGUAUAAUGGGCACACCUGAUCCCAUUCAAAUCGAUGGAAUGGGAGGAACAAGAAUCGUGACCUCCAAAGUGGCGAUCAUCAAGACAUCGGACCGUGACGACGCGGAUGUGGAUUAUUCUUUUGGCCAAGUGAGCAUUACAGAAGACAGCAUUCGACUCAGAGGGAACUGUGGGAAUAUAAGUGCCGGUGUUGGUCCAUUCGCCAUUGAUGAGGGUCUAAUUAGGAAACCCUUUCGGGUAGGACAAACCACAGCGCCGGGCUUGCUCACUAGAGAAGUCCGCAUUUACCAAACGGCGAUUAAGAAAAUCCUCAUCGCACAUGUGCCAAUUGACCCAAAGAGUGGAAAGUCACUGUCAAAAGGGAACUUUGCAAUUGCCGCCGUGCCUGGAACUGGGGCUCCAAUACUAAUGGACUUUCGCAACACUAUUGGCGGCUUCCAUGACAAAGGUCCAUUACCGACCGGUCAUGUUACAGAUGUCAUCCAAAUUAGUGGAGCUAUUGUUUCAGUCACAAUCAUGGACGUGGCUACUCUUACCACGUUUGUACGAGCAUCUGACUUGGGAGUGUGGGACUUGGAGUCUCGUCAGGCGGACGACAUCACGAGCGACAAGGAGCUCCUUCAGCGGUGCAGAGAAGUCCGCGGUAAGGCUGCACAGCUUCUAGGUAUGUGUGAUGAUUGGGAGCAGGUUGAUGAGCAAUCCCUAGGUAUACCUUCUGUUGUCAUGGUUGCUGCUCCUCCGGUCGGUCAUUCGGAGGGGCAUAUCACGUCCAGAUUCAUUUUGAAUAAUAUGUGCCACGACAGCAUGGCCGGGACAAUUGCGACCUGCACUGCGGCGUGUAGCCGGAUCGAUGGGUCUAUAGUUCGCCAGGUAGCUGGGCCAGGGGGGUUGGAGUCCGAUGAAUUCAACAUCUGUCAUCCAUUAGGCGUGAUGCCAGUCAAAGUUGAAGCAGCUGUUGAAGGAAGGUGGUCAGCCACAAUAUCGCUCAAUGCACCUGAAUUUAAAGUACUUGCGUUUGUGCGCACGUCGCGGCGAAUAAUGGAAGGGAAAGUAUUCAUACCAGACUACAUCUGGCCAAACGGCAUAAUCUGA